AUGUUCUCCGGCGCCCAAGUUUCCCUCUAUCCGAUGACUUCCAACUUUGUUCCGGUCAUCCUCGAUGCCGUCAAAGCGCUGGACCCGCACCGAGAGCAACUGCGUAUCGAGACGGACGACCUCUCGACCUUGCUCGUCGGUCCUCCCGAGAUCCUGUUCAAGGCGAUGCACGAUCUAUUCGUCACCGCCGCUCGUUCGGGGGAACACGUCGUAUUGCACGUUACCGUCUCACGAGGAUGCCCCGGAGAACCCGACGCCGAGAUCUGUCGACCGUCCGUCGUACUCGGGGAACGUAAACCCACCUCGGAACGCAUCUCCUCUGCUCAGGCCGUCAUCGAUAGCACGGCAGAAUCGAAUCAGCAUGUCUCGGCUCAAUUCAGUUACUACCCCCUCGGCGAGAACAAGGAGUACAUGACCGAGAUCUACGCUGCUAUCGAUUUCAUCAAGAACUCUGGCGUGUUCAGCAAGAGCAAGAACUUUUGCACCAAGCUCGAGGGAGACGCUGCCAAGGUCUUUGGAACGCUCGGACAGGUGUUCUUGAACUUUGCACCGGAGCAGGCGCACGUCACGCUAGACAUCACCGUCUCGGCCAACAGCCCCUCCACCAAAAAGUGA